AUAGGGCUAGGCCCAGAACAUGUCUAGCCAACAAAUAAGCCCGACAUAAAUAGAAGCCCGAACAAGCCCAAACAAUGGAGAAAACAUAGAAGCCCAAAUAAGCCAGCGUCAUCGACGCGGCAUCACUCGACGUUUCUAAUUGAUAACCCUUUGUCGAGGUUCUCCAUCCUCAAAAAGCCGCAACCACCCCGAAAUCGGAAGAGCUCAGGAGAAAUUCCGUUCGAAAGACAAAUCCCUCUAUUUCUCCGGUCAGCGGCGGUGUAAAACCCCGAACCCCCUCUCGAUCUCUCCCCGGAGGCGAUGCCGAAGAACGACUUCCUCACGCCGAAGGCGAUCGCCAAUCGAAUCAAGGCGAAAGGCCUGCAGAAGCUCCGAUGGUACUGCCAGAUGUGCCAGAAGCAGUGCAGGGACGAGAACGGGUUCAAGUGCCACUGUAUGAGCGAGAGCCACCAGCGCCAGAUGCAGAUCUUCGGCCAAAACCCUCACCGCGUCGUCGAGGGCUACUCCGAGGAGUUCGAGAACGGGUUCCUCGACCUCAUGAGGCGGAGCCACCGCUUCUCCCGCAUCGCCGCCACCGUCGUCUACAACGAGUACAUCCACGACCGCCACCACGUCCACAUGAAUUCUACCGAGUGGGCGACGCUGACGGAAUUCAUAAAAUAUUUGGGACGAACGGGUAAGUGCAAGGUGGAUGAGACCCCCAAGGGUUGGUUUAUCACUUAUAUCGAUCGGGAUUCCGAGACAAUGUUUAAGGAGAAGAUGAAGAGCAAGAGACUUAGGGCUGAUAUGGUGGAUGAAGAGAGGCAGGAGAGGGAAAUUCAGAAGCAAAUUGAGAAGGCGGAGUUGUUGCUGACAGGUAAAGCCGGCGAUGGGGAGGGUAAUGGUCUUGAAGAGGGUGCAGUAGAGCCGCCGGCUAAGGAAUUGAAGCUUGAUGCCGAUGGAGUCAAGAUUGGAUUUCAAUUGGGCUCGAAGGGUAACAAUGGUGGGAAGGAUAAGGGUGAGAGUUCAAGCUCAAGAUUGGUUUUUGAGGAGGUAGAGGAGGAAAGAGAGGGGAAGAACUCGAGAAGUAAAGGAAGCAACGGUAAUGUUGGUAGAGGUGGCAAAUCUGCGUUAGAGGAACUGAUGAGAGAGGAAGAGAAUGUGAAGGAGAAGAAGAACAGGAAGGACUACUGGCUAUAUGAAGGGAUCAUUGUGAAGGUUAUGAGUAAGUCGUUGGCAGAGAAAGGGUAUUAUAAACAGAAAGGAGUUGUUCGGAAGGUGAUUGAUAAGUAUGUUGGGGAAAUUGAAAUGCUUGAGAGCAAGCAUCGGCUGAGGAUUGAUCAGGUUGAACUCGAGACUGUGAUUCCACAGGUUGGAGGUUUGGUGAAGAUAGUGAAUGGAGCGUAUAGAGGGUCCAAUGCGAGGCUUUUGGGAGUGGAUACAGACAACUUUUGCGCCAAGGUGCAGAUAGAGAAGGGGAUUUAUGAUGGCAGAGUGCUUAAAGCUGUAGAAUACGAGGAUAUAUGCAAACUUGCGUGAUGAGUAUGUGAGAACCCUUACUUUACCUAUAUAUUCGUCUUUAUCUGUUGCUGUUUAGGAUUGAAUGAUGGUGUGCGUUGAUCUUCCUGUAUUCUGUUAAGCUGUUUGAUGGAUGAAUCAGAAGUUGAUUGAAGGGUAACUUUAGAAGCAGCUUGUCCUAGUCUUGGUCACAGUUUGUUUUCUUUGCACUGCGAGUAGGUUAAAAGGUUAGGAAUUAGGAUAGCUCUCGUUACAUGCAUUUCGUUGUCUCUUAAGUGGUUCAGAAUGGUUGCCCUGUGUUAUUCUUUUGAGUUGUUGCAUCCAAUUCUCUAUGUAGAUACUUUAUUGCAGCAUCCUUCUGUAGCUUUCGUUUAUAUAACUUUUUUCGUGUAAUCAAUUCUGUAGCUUUCUAUGGUUAAGAUUAUACAUGCAGUUGGAUGAUCAGCCAUUUCUCUACUUUAUUUCAGGGGUCCUUCUGUCUAUCGAAUCCAAACAGGACAUAGCUGAACCUUACAAAUUGAUUUAUGAUGAAUCUUGAGUUGGCUUUGGUUUUCUGUAAUAUGCUGCUGCUACUUGAGGGAGAUUUUGCUGCCCCAUCAUGGUGACUGGAAUUGUUCCAUCUAACAUAUUUCAGCUGCUUCUGAUAAUCAGAGACCUCCGUGAACUUGUGAUGUCCAGGCGCAUAUGCAAACUUUCUGUUGGUUGGGAGUGGACAUCUAACUCCCAAGCUUGAGAAAGAAAUUGCCAAUUGUUGUCGUUCAUUGUGUAGCACAGAUUAGUGUAACACAUCAACUGUUUAUAUUUGACUGUCCAUUUCUUGAUUGACUUGUCUAUCAAACAGAAAGAGUUGGAGGCAAGAGCUCCUGUUGGCAUCUGCUCUACCUGCUUAGAGAUGUUAGUACCGACGUCUUGGCUGCUGGAGAAUCCAUACAUGCCGAUUCUGAUUUCAGCUGUCGAAUUUAGGGUUUAUUGUGAUGCCUUCUUGUGGAGGUUCGCCAUAUUUUUCAGUUUUCUGUGGAAUGGACUUGGUUUGGUCGCUUGUGUUUAUGUAAUCGGCUACUUUUCCACCAGUUUUUCUGUAUCAUCCUCCAAGAGGCAGUAGGGUGGCCAACUCAACUGUAUUGCAACUACCUUUUCCUUUUCAAGAGAUGUCGGUCAGUGAAUAUGCACGCAAAAGACUGAAGUUUGGGAAGAUAUGAGAUUUGCUUAAUCCUAGUUGGGUCUAGACAUGUGAGAUUAUUUUCUAAAAGUGUUGAUUCCUAUGGAUUAUAAAAUCACCUCAUGAAUUGAAUUUUACUUGUUUUGUAUGCCCAUUACUUUAUAGGAUUCUUUAAUCUAUUUUAUUGGAUUAAUGAUACUCACGAAUUAUAUUUCUUUUGCUUUAUCAAAUUAAUGAUUCUACUCGAUAGUUUAACAAAUAUAGUUCUGCCCGAACAAGUGAACGACUCUACUCAAAAUUUUAUCAACAUGGUUUCACCAACCAUUCUCAACGAGAGUAAAAAUAGGAAGGACAUUUUUGUCUUUACAAUUAAUGAUUUAUUUCAAAUAAAAAAUAUCAACAUCAAGAUUUGAACCCGGGUCUCUUCAAACAAAGACAAUGAUUAUAACCAAUUACACUAAACAAAUUUGUUGUUUUUAUUUGAAUACAAAACAUACACUAAG